CUAGACGAGAGGAGACGACAGUGGCGAUAGCAGCUGGAAGAGCAAACGCACCUGAAGGGAGGGGUCAGGAGUGCUUGCCUAAUCUCACUGGGACAGGCAGCCGUAGACAAACAGCUUCUAUAAUAAUCUUCACUUGGAUUGCCCCAGCUUCAAGUAACAAGAGCUGCUUUGUUGAUUUGUCAAACUACGGAGCGAUUUACGAGGGAUUCCGCUUUGGAGAAGUGGGUUGAAAAAAAUAUCUCAAGUAAAAAGCUGCCUUCAAGCAAGGAAGAGAUUGAUUUAAAGGGCUUUAUUUAAUAAUGGGCACGGGUAAGAUUCCCAGUGCCUGAUUUAGGAGGAAGACCUGUUGAGGAGCCUCAGUUCUCUUCCUAGCUAGCUUCUGAGCUUGGUAUGGAUAAUGGUAGAGCGGUGGAAGCUCAGGUAGGCUUAAAACAGAAAGAUGCGGAGGUCAGAGUCCGUGGACGUAUUCUUCCAGAGAGUGCUGAAGAGAAAAAAAGUGUGAUCAACUCCCUGGUGUCUGGGGCAUUGGCUGGUGCUGUGGCCAAAACAGCCGUGGCACCAUUGGACAGGACGAAAAUAAUUUUCCAAGUGUCGUCGAAUAGAUUUUCUGCUAAGGAGGCCUACCGGCUGAUCUAUCGUACCUACCUCAGUGAAGGCUUCUUCAGCCUAUGGCGAGGCAAUUCGGCCACCAUGGUUCGGGUAAUCCCUUACGCUGCCAUCCAGUUCUGCGCACACGAGGAAUAUAAGCAGCUUUUGGGCAGCUACUAUGGCUUCCAGGGAAAGGCGCUCACCCCUCUGCCUAGAUUCAUCGCAGGGUCUCUAGCAGGGCUCACAGCUGCCAUGUUGACGUAUCCCCUGGACCUGGUCCGUGCCCGUAUGGCAGUAACGCCGAAGGAAAUGUACAGCAACAUCAUUCAUGUAUUUAUGCGGAUAUCUCACGAGGAAGGAUUGAAGACCCUGUAUAGGGGCUUCUCACCUACCAUCUUGGGGGUGAUCCCUUAUGCUGGAUUGAGCUUCUUCACUUAUGAGACACUGAAGAAGCUGCACGCAGAUCACAGCGGGAGGAGAGAACCCUACCCGUUGGAAAGGCUAGCGUUUGGGGCUUGUGCAGGCCUGAUCGGGCAGUCGGCCUCUUACCCUCUGGACGUGGUCCGUCGGCGGAUGCAGACCGCAGGGGCGCUGGGCUACUCCUACGGGUCCAUCCUCCUCACCAUGAGGGACAUCAUUCGGGAAGAGGGGCUCGUCCGAGGCUUGUACAAAGGGCUCAGCAUGAACUGGGUCAAGGGUCCCAUCGCCGUGGGGAUCAGUUUCACCACCUUUGACCUCAUGCAGAUUCUCCUCCGUAAAUGGGAGCGCAGGGUGAAUGUGCAGAGGUAACGCCAAACUUGCCGCCCGUGUAAGGGCUCCUUGUGGAGAGUGAGCGACCACCACGGUGGCGCCAGUCGAUGCUGACGAACGAGGAUGGACAAAUCCUUCUUUUUUUUUUCUUUUUUUU